AUGGUCUGCUUUCGGAGCUCGCUCGCACCGUCGCCCACCGUCCGACAGAUUCGAGCCAUCUGCACCACCAUCUCUCUCUACAUUGAAUCCUUCCUGUGCAGCCUUCACACAUUCUUCUACUUUCUCAUCUUUCACACCUAUCAACCAGCCUCUCGCGCCUGGUGGGACUCAUCCAAAGGCUCAGCCGUCGUUGUCUAUGCUCCGCACAAUGAUGCAGUCGCACGCUACAUCGCGCUCCGUCUUUCUUCGGGCUCGCCGUCGAGUUUUGCGCUGAAAGAUGUCGGACCAACAAAGCGAAACCCUCGUGCGCCCUAUACAUGCUUUGUCUUGCAUGCGGAUCCGGAUCAAUUCUCAAUUACCGUCGCACAAUGGGCUGCGAAGAAGGCUCGUAUGGAGAAAGUACUAUUGAGACAGAGAGUUGGUGGCAAGUCAUCAGCAUCCUCCAACUCGAGUGGCCCUUCAUCGCCCACAUCAAUGGCGAACACGCAAGACGCAGAGUCGAUGCAAGAUCAGAGCGAACAGGGAUCUGGCUCUUCUUCACCCGCUGCGACCUUCGCCACGGUGCAAGCGCGGAACGGAGGUGACGAGACCCCACGACCCAACCGGCAGCGUUCGAGACCAGCACCCAUCCAGACCGACAGCAAGCUACGACGACGCUCUCGCAGUUGGUCAACAUGGGCAACGCCCGACCUCUUUGGCUAUGGAGUAGACAUGCUCAAAGGCUGGAUGCCCGGUCGAACGGGACCCAAGACUACACCUUCUGGAACCAUUAUUCCGAUCAUGGCUGAUGUGCAGACGGCUGAUGGAUUGGCGAUGAUCAACUCUACCAUCUCUGCUUAUUGCAGCUCGCAUGAUCUUUUGCUUAGCGGUAUCAUCUUGAUUCCGUCGGUGCUCUGUCCGAGGAAUGUGCCAUUGACGAGAAGCGCUGCUGCAUUGGCAUCGCGUAUGGAGAUACCAAAGACACCGAGUAGCGCGUAUAGCGAUGUUGAUCCGUUCACACUAUGCAACAGGGAUUUUCUGGGCGAGCUGCGACCGUCGUCCGCCGGUAAGAGCAGCAGUAGCGGAGGUGGACAUGGCGCACCAAGAGAACCAUUUGGUCUGGCUCCGGCGUUCAAAGAGGCGAAUCACGAGUUCGGGGCUUCGAUGGAGUCGUCCUCUUCCUCGUUCAAUGCAAACUCUCCGCCGCUCUCGCCGUCGAGCGCAAGGAUUGUACGGACGCAAGACGACGAGCAAGCAGCACUGCACGGUGCACUGGCUACUGAUGUAGUGCAGUGCAAAGCACUCAUCAACGUUCUCUUUCCCGCCUUGAAGCGUGACAAAGGUCGAAUUCUUGGUUUCGUACCCUGCGGACACGGGCCUGAUCUCCCACAAGAUCCAGACACACUCUCUCUUCAAUCUGUCCCCACACGCGGUUCGAGUGGAAAGUCGCGCGAUCGCUCCCUAUCUCCUUCCUCCUCGUCCAACGAUCAGCCGCAGCGAAACAACAUCCAGGCAGAUCCGACACCAAUCCUUCGCACCUGGCCAAGCCCAGUCGUAAAUACAGUCCGCGAAGCCCUGCGCACGCAAUAUCGCGAACUCGAGCUGGAAUACCGUCGACGAGGAGGCGGAGCAAAGCAAGUGCACGUAUCCAUGAUCGAAACCAAUCCACUGAUCAAGUUGCCUCAAACGCGAUUGAAGAAGGUGGUGAAGUGGAAUGAGUCGGUGCGAUACUUUGCGCAUCAUGGAAGGAAGAGGAGAUGGCGGAGGGUGCAAGAUUGGAUUAGUCUGGCUGGGGCCCUGGACAGGCUGCCUUUCGUCGGAAGGUUCGGGAGGUUGAGUGGAUCCGCGAGCGGUGAGCACGGGGAGGAGACGACAACGAGGCGAGAUAGAGGAAGGUAUGAGAUCUAUAUUCCGGUUGAAUUAAGGCCGUUCUUGAGGGGUUGGUCGAGGCCUGUUUCCGAAGCUGGGGCUGGGAGAGCUGAUGGUAGUAGUUGCGAAGCGGAGAGCGAUACCUCUGCUCCAAUGACAGUACGUGCGUUGAGGAGACUCGUUCGAGUCUUCCGCUGGAUCGAGCUGUGUUCUGUCCCAUGGGACGACUUGGCAGAACACAUAGCAGCAGUCAGCUACCCCAUCGCACUCGGCUCAUCAUGCCCUCCAACACCAGGUCCUUCUCAAUCGCUCCUUCGCCCGUACACAGUCUCUUCCAACCACGCUUCCGCAUCUAGGUCCCAUGCUGCCCAGCAACAUUUUUCCAACCCAACAUUGCUUCGCUCCACCUCCACCCCCAACACUUUCGGUAGUCGAUACCACCCUCGACCAUCCAUGCUAUUCACCGGCCUCAAUGAUGAGCUAGCAGAGGAUAUCGACACGCCCGAGUUGCCCUUCUCCACCGCUUCUUCGGGUCCGGCGUAUACGAUGCUCAAAGUCAAGCCCGUCGACGGCCCGGCGGUGCGAGUCGCCAGAACGUAUCCGAGGGAACUAAGACAUCAAGAUCCAACCCCGCUUUUCGAGUCUAUUAGGUGUGCGCUCACGAGCUACCACCCAAGAGCGGUGUAUUACCCGGGAUUGUCAGCUUGGAUGGGUGCUUUCGUGCAGGCGACUGCGCCAUGGGUGCAGUUGGAUCUGAAGAGUUUGUUGGCGAGCUACUUGCUCAAGUAUGCUGUCGAGGACCAGGGAUACUAG